GUCGCGUCUGGUCCCGUCCAUUUUGCUCUCUUCUGCCUCAUCGUCCCUUCCGCCGUCUUUGUUUUCGGAGUCGCGGUCCUGACGUAACCGACGCCAUGUACGUCAGGAAGCGCGAUGGGCGCCAGGAGCGCGUCCAGUUCGACAAGAUCACCGCCCGCGUCUCGCGGCUGUGCUAUGGCCUCGACAUGGACCAUGUCGACCCGGUCGCCAUCACCCAGAAGGUGAUCUCCGGUGUCUACGGAGGUGUGACAACAGCUCAGCUGGACGACUUGGCUGCCGAGACUGCCGCCUACAUGACCGUGACGCACCCUGACUACGCCAUCCUCGCCGCCCGUAUCGCCGUCUCCAACCUCCACAAGCAGACGAAGAAGCAAUGGUCGGCCGUCGUAAGUGAUCUGUACCACUACGUCAACCCAAAGAACGGCCGGCCGUCGCCCAUGAUUUCCAAGGAGACGUACGAAUGUGUCAUGCGGCACAAGGACGAGCUUGACUCGGCCAUUGUCUAUGACCGGGACUUCAACUACCAGUACUUCGGCUUCAAGACCCUCGAGCGGUCUUACCUGCUGAGGCUCGACGGCAAGAUCGUCGAGCGUCCCCAGCACAUGAUCAUGCGUGUUGCUGUCGGCAUCUGGGGUGACAACAUCGAGCGCGUCCUCGAGACAUACAAUCUCAUGUCCAACAAGUUCUUCACACAUGCUUCCCCUACUCUCUUCAACGCGGGCACCCCCCAGGCCCAGCUGUCGUCCUGCUUCCUGGUCGACAUGAAGGAUGACAGCAUUGAGGGCAUCUACGACACUCUCAAGACUUGCGCCAUGAUCUCCAAGAUGGCUGGUGGCAUCGGCCUGAACAUCCACCGCAUUCGCGCCACUGGCUCCUACAUUGCUGGCACGAACGGCACCUCGAACGGCAUCAUCCCCAUGCUCCGCGUGUUCAACAACACGGCGCGCUACGUCGAUCAGGGUGGCAACAAGCGGCCUGGUGCCUUCGCCAUCUACCUCGAGCCGUGGCAUGCCGAUAUCUUCGAGUUCCUCGACCUCCGCAAGAACCACGGGAAGGAAGAAGUUCGCGCCCGUGAUCUCUUCCUGGCGCUGUGGAUUCCCGAUCUCUUCAUGAAGCGCGUCGAGAAGAACGGCGAGUGGACCCUGAUGUGCCCCAACGAGUGCCCGGGCCUCGCCGACUGCUACGGCGAAGAGUUCGAGGCUCUGUACGAGAAGUACGAGAGGGAGGGCCGCGGCCGCAAGACGGUCAGGGCGCAGAAGCUCUGGUAUGCCAUUCUCGAGGCCCAGACUGAGACCGGCAACCCCUUCAUGCUCUACAAGGAUCACUGCAACCGGAAGAGCAACCAGAAGAACCUCGGAACCAUUCGCGGCUCCAACCUGUGCACCGAGAUCAUUGAAUACUCGGCUCCCGAUGAGGUCGCUGUCUGCAACCUGGCCUCUCUGGCGCUUCCCGCCUUCGUGGACUACAACGAAGGCGUCUACGACUUCAAGAAGCUGCACGAGGUCACCCAAGUCGUCGUCCGCAACCUGAACAGGAUAAUCGACAUCAACCAUUACCCGGUGAAGGAGGCUUAUAACAGCAACAUGCGCCACCGCCCCAUUGGCGUUGGUGUCCAGGGCCUCGCGGAUACCUUCCUGGCGCUGCGCAUGCCUUUCGAGUCGCCCGAGGCUCGCGAGCUCAACAAGCAGAUCUUCGAGACCAUCUACCAUGCGGCGCUGACUGCCUCGUGCAAACUCGCCCAGGAGGAGGGGCCGUACUCGACCUACGAAGGCUCUCCUGUGUCCCAGGGUAUCCUCCAGUACGACAUGUGGAAUGUCAAGCCGAGUGAUCUCUGGGACUGGGAUGCGCUCAAGGCCCAGAUCAAGGAGCACGGUGUCCGGAACAGCUUGCUCCUGGCUCCCAUGCCGACUGCGUCCACCUCCCAGAUCCUGGGGAACAACGAGUGCUUCGAGCCCUACACGUCCAACAUCUACCAGCGCCGCGUGCUUGCUGGCGAGUUCCAGGUCGUCAACCCUUGGCUCCUGAAGGACCUGGUCGACAUGGGGCUCUGGUCCGACAACAUGAAGAACCGCAUCAUCGCCGCGGGCGGCUCGAUUCAGAACAUCCCGAACAUCCCGGCCGACAUCAAGGCGCUCUACAAGACCGUCUGGGAAAUCUCGCAGCGCACCAUCGUGCAGAUGGCCGCGGACCGUGGUGCCUUUAUUGAUCAGUCCCAGUCGCUCAACAUCCAUAUGCGCGAGCCGACCAUGGGCAAGAUCACGAGCAUGCACUUCACUGGCUGGAAGCUGGGUUUGAAGACAGGCAUGUACUACCUCCGCACCCAGGCUGCCGCGCAGCCCAUCCAGUUCACGGUCGACCAGGAGGCGCUCCGCGUUCAGGACACCAGCGUGGUCAAGACCUCGUCGGGCCUAAAGAAGCGCGCUCCUCCUGUUGGCAGCUACAUGUCGUCGCCGACUGCGAUCCCCCGCCCCAUGGCGAUCGUCAACAAGGAGAGCACGAAUGGCACCGGCAGCAACGGCAUCCCGACCCCCACCACGCCGCCCCCCAUCAAGGCGCCUGGCGUUGGCGACAUGAAGACCCGUGUUGUGAACUCGCCGACCAAACCGCCAGCCUUCAAGGCGGAUGUCGACGAGGGCGACAGUCCCAAGACCCUGCCCACCGAGCCUGUCGAUAAGCCCAAGUUGGACGACAUCGGCUCGCCCGCGCUUGAAUCCAAGAAGGAUGCCGAGGACAAGGAAGACGAGAGCAAAGAGCGGGAAAUGGACAUCUACUCCGAGGCUGUCCUUGCUUGCAGCAUCGAGAACCCCGAGGCCUGCAUAAUGUGCAGCGGUUGAUUUGCCUUGAUGUUUGACGAAGCAUGGCGCGACGUAGUGUGAUGAUGGGAUUAAUAUUUGGGCGUGGUUAGGUUUCCUUGGUUUGUGUUUCUUUUAGGGAUCAUUGUCGGC